CUAUAUGGAAUCGUCGACCGCAGAUGAGGAAUGUGGGGAUCUUCAAAACAAAUACUUGCCCUCAGUAAGUUAAACGGAAGAGAACUGAAUCCUGUUACUAUUCUAAUAUCUGCAGAAAUUCAACAUUGUUUACUGCGCCUCCACGAGGUGGCCAACCUGCGGCGCAGCGACGACGUGCGCGCCGCCGCGCGGGAGGUGCGCGCAGCGCGCAGCACGUCGCUCCUUCGCGCCGCCCUCGCCCCGCCCUCGCCCGCGCGCGCACUCGGACUCGCCCCCGUCCCCGCCGCCGCCCCCGCGCGCCCGCCCGGCGCCACCGCCGUCUCCGCGCUGCCCCUGCCCAAGUCGGCGGCGGCGGCGCUCAUCGGGCGCGUGCACGCGGCGCGCGCGCGCCUCGACGUGUCGGGGACGGCGCUGGCGCAGGCGCAGGCGCGGCGCUCCACCCCCGUGAGCGCGUGCGCCUCGGCGUCGGCCGCCGCCGCCGCCUCGCUGCAACAGGUGCCCUCACGCGCGCUGCGAAGCAUUCACGCUCCAGCCGCCUCGGCCGUACAGGCCGCCGUCUACAGUCGACUCCGGUUGUAG